AUGCAGCGGGGCCGGGAGGAGGAGGAGGAGGAAGAAGAGGAGGAGGAGGAGGGGGAUGGCGGCCCGGAGCGGGCUCUGGAGAAGAGCCCCUUCCAGCUGACGGCCGGGGAUGUCUAUGACAUCUCCUCCGUGGUGGGCCGGGACCUGCUGCAGCUCAGCGCCGGGCCGCAGGUGCCCGCCGCCCUGGCCCGGCUGCAGUUCAGGAUCGUGAGGGUGCUGGAGAUGUUGGAAGCGCUGGUGAGCGAGAGCAGCCUCGCCGAGGAGCAGCUGCGGAUGGAGCGGGACAGCCUGCGGCGGGAGGUGGAGGAGCUGCGGGGAGAGAGGUCCCGAGGGAGCACCCAGCAGCUCAGCCUUGGACCAGAUAAAAUGAUAAUAGACCUCACAGAUCCAAAUCGCCCCCGGUUCACACUACAGGAGCUGCGAGAUGUAUUGCAAGAGCGUAACCAGCUGAAAGCUCAGCUUCUUGUGGUGCAAGAGGAGCUACAGUGCUAUAAGAGUGGGAUCAUCUCACAGAGAAGGGACCAAACUGAAGAACUGGAAAAAGAAGCCAGUGGCAGCAGCCCUGGCACUAGCAAGGACAGCGAAGAGAAGACAAUCAUCAAACGGCUGUUCUCUUUUAAACAUGGAAAAUGAGCACCCUCAAGAACAUAACCACUCCUGUUCAGAAAUGGCAGUGAUGAGAGCCUCUAAGGUGUUAGGGGAGUCAAUGAGUGGAAGAAAAAGCAUCACUCCUACUGUAGAGAAUAAGCAAUCUCAUCAAAAGUGUGUUGUAUAAUAUUCUUUCAGAAUAAAUUUUACUUUGCUUUUUUAGAAACUGUUUAAGACAAACACUUUUUGUAUUUCCUGGAUUCCUGCCAGACAUUAUCCACAUGUAGAGAAUAAAUGUUUAUACAAAGGUGGUUUUUAUUCUUAUUAAAAGAGCCUGUGAUGAUC